UUUCAAAAAUUACUUUCAGCACUAAAAGAAAUUGAAAGAAGGGGAGUGAGUGAAUCGGAUAAUCAAUUCGAAACCAGCAAAGAUAAGAAAAGAUUCACAAAAAGUUAUUGUAGAAGCAUAACCAUGGGGGAGGCUGCGGUCUUAGGAAUGAUAAAAGAUCUCGAGAGUUUGCGUGCUACAUGUACAAAUAUCAGCGAGGAUUCGAUGUUCGGGGCCACAAUCGAAGAGAUGAAAGAGUUGUUGGAUUUCUCGAGAGACUUAAAAACGGAAGAGAGGAACAGGCUAAAAUAUUUCAUGGCUGACUUGAUCGAGUUGGCUGAAGAUGUCAUCGACAAAGGUAUUGAUGAUUACCGUUUCAGUGACAUGUUACGGAGCCUCAAAGAUGAGAUCAAGAUGACAAAGAUGCGGAUGAUAAACUUAGUAGCUGAUGAGAAAAAUAUUGGAGAAGAAGAGGAAGUGGAAAUUGUGGUGGGAUUGGAGGAAAGCGUUAAGCAGUUGCUUGACAAAGCGAUUUCAAAAAAUUCUAUUCACUUACAGAUUUUGUGUAUAAAAGGCAUGAUUGGUAUCGGGAAGACAACUCUCGCCAGGCAAGUGUAUAAGGCCGGGGCUGGCCAGUUCCAGCGUCAUGCCUGGGUAUCCAUUUCUAGUGGCACGAGUAAGAAAGAGAUGCUUAUGAAACUGAUACAGCAAAUGGUGGUUGGAUAUGAAAGUGAUCUGUCACUGGAAGAAAUGGACAACCGAAGUCUCCGAAGGAUGCUUCGCCGGCACCUGCAAGGAAAGUCAUAUUUCAUAGUUUUGGACAAUGUGUCGAAAGAAGAGGAAUUGAAGUACUUCUUGCAAGGUUUUCCUUCUCAAGGCCUUUUUGGAAGCAGGUCGAUGUUGCUGUUGACAAGUUGCAAUGCGAUUACAGCAACCAAGGUUGAUUAUACUCAUGAGAUGAAAGCUUUGGAUUCUGAUAAGAGCUGGAAAUUGUUUUUGAAAACAGUUAAUAAAUUUACGAGUGAUGAGAAUAAAUUCUCCAAGGAAUUGGAGAAGAAGGGCAAAGAGAUGCUGAAGAAAUGUGGGGGUUUGCCGAUAGCUAUAAUAGAUGUUGCAAGGCAGAAAGCAAAACAAAGACUUUCGGGGAUUGAAUGGGAAGAGCUUUUUGAUUCAAUUGAUUUGAGUGAAUCAUUGAAGUUAUUGGAACCGAUGUAUCAUCAAUUGGAAGAACGUAUCAAGCCACAUUUCUUGCAUUUGUCCUUUUUUAAGGAGAAUGCAAUGAUGAGAGAAGAAAAGUUGGAACAGAUUUGGGCUGCAAAUGGAUUAGAUUUUGAAGACAUUGCAUGGGAUUUGACUGCUGGAUCGGUUCUUGAAGUCGUGAAGCAUCACUUUAGAAAAAUAAGAUGUCGCCUCAAUCCUCUAUUGCACAUGAUAUCAAUAAAAAAAGCAGAAGAGGAAAUGGGGUUAGAGAUCUUAAGGAGCAAUGGUAACAGUAGGCCCUCUCAGAAUGCCCGUCAUCGUGUUAUCCGUUGUGGCAGAGACAAGUUUGAUCAUUUCACAAAUGAAGAGCGCAACCAACUUUUUUCUCUCAUCUUCCAUGGAGGUGGUGGCUACUUGGACGAUACUAGCUUGUCUUAUUGGGAGAGUUUUGAAUCACUCAAAAUACUUGACAUGGAAGAUUUUGGAGUGAAGACUUUAUUCGAUACAAUCGGUGCAUUGGUUAAGUUAAGAUACUUGGGAUUGAGAAACAAUUACAUACAAGUGAUCCCACACUCGUUGGCGCAUCUGGAAAACCUUGAGGUUCUUGAUAUAGCUUUGAACUUUAUGGUGGAGGCGCCAAAUAUUAUAUGGCAAAUGAGCAACCUUCGCGAUCUCCACAUGUCUGAUGUGAUUUUCCGGAAGCCUUUGAAAGUAGAUGUGAUGUGGAAUUUGGAGACCCUAGCAUACAUCUCAAUUUAUGAUUGGACAUGUGAGGGCUUCAACUCUAGUAUAAAGUAUAAGCUUCGAAUGUUGGGCAUUGAAGAUGUUGAUGAAAACUCGGAUGUAGGCAAGCUCUUUGCAUCACUAGCUAAGUUUCUGAACUUUGAUGUACUUUCUGUUAGAGGGUUUCGUUUUAGAAGCAUGCCAUGUUUGGAUGAAAUUGGAGUAAUACAAAGACUCAAGGUACUAAAACUAGAUGGGCGCAUAGGUAGGCUACCAAGUGCAGAUGAUCUACCUCAAGAGAUUGAGUACAUAGCUUUGAUAAAUACUUGUCUUGAUGAAGACCCCAUGCCGAUAUUAGAGAAGCUCAGUUCCCUAAGCCACCUCAAACUGCGAAAUGCAUACACUGGUCGAGAAAUGGUGAUCCAAGAAGGCGGAUUUCGAAGGCUCUAUGCGCUUUGCAUCAAUGAAUUGCCGAAUCUUAGAAAGAUACAAGUUGGUGUUUAUGGAAUGUGGAGUCUCAAGAUGCUAGAAAUCAAUAACUGUCCACAUCUUGAGACACUCCCGCAACGGAUUAGGUGGUUGUCUGAACUGCGAAUGUUUAAGAUGGUAACAACCAAACACAUUGCAACAAAGAUCAGACAUUCAGGUUUGACGUCCAAAAUUUUGGAGGAGGAAAUCGUUCCAUAAUUUGAAGUUGAUAUAUCUGUGGACAAAAUAUGUUAGAAAGAUACAAGAUGAAGAAGGUGCAAUGUCAACUGAUACGUGUACCUUGAUGAGCAGAGGGAUUAAGGCUGAACUCACCGGCUCGGCCACGUCUUCACCACUCACGUUCAUGAACCAGAGUAUCUUGAAGAUUUUGUCUACGAUUAUUUCCUUAAUUUAUCUUUUAUUUUUGGUAUCUCCUUAAGUUUCAUGUAUCGAGUCGAGCAUAAUUAUAAUAUAUUCAUUGAAUGA